AUGGCUUUGACUCAAUUUGAAAAUGAUUUGGGAAUAUUAAGAGAUAUGUAUCCAGAAUUGGAAAUGGAAUCAGUAAAGGCGGAAAAUGAAGAUGAAUUUCCGCAAAACAUUAACGGAAAGCUGCCAUUUAAGAUAUCACUAUUGGCCGAUGUAAAUAUUGAGUUCGGUAAGCAACAUUUGUUACUGUCAAAUUUAUCUAAUGAAUGUGUGGAGUUCACGAUAUAUGGUUGUCAUUAUCCAGACAUACGACGGUGCGUUGUUAUGGACAUCAAAUCGUUAUGGAUAUCAGUGGAUGAAAAGAGGAUGUUAAUCGAUAAAGCGCUAAAACUUGUUGAAGAGAUCGUAGACAUGAACACCGACCUUGCGGAUUCGUUUACCUCCAUCCUUAUCCUCAUCUUUGGGUUCCUUAUAGAUGAUACAGCUAUAUUACUAUUCCCUAGUGGUGUAAAAAAAUGCUUGACACAGGAUCAGUAUGACUUGUUUAAGCAGAUAAGUAAGGAGGCCACCCUUCAAAAAGUAGGCAGAUCCAAUUACCAUUGUUGUAUUUGUAUGGAAAUGGAAAAGGGUGUUAGAAUGAUCAAAUUACCAUGCCGAAAUGAAAGUGUAGAACACUAUCUAUGCAAAAAAUGUGCCAAAUCCUAUUUUACUGCAAUGAUUGAGGAAAGCCGAAUAUCCAAUGUAAGGUGUCCACAAUGUGAACACCAAGAAUUAAAACUGAAUGAUUUUAAGAGCUAUAAAAAAAUGCUAAAGGCAUUGUUUACACCUUUGAUUCCGAUAUCCUUCUUAAAAGAACUUAUUGAUGCAGAGCUAUGUGAAAGGUACGAAAAAAUGUUCUCCAAUCAGGCGGCUACAAAACUCUCAAAACAUUGUCCAUAUGCUUGUGUGACAUGCCGAAGAUGUGAUAGUUGGUGCAUAAAGGAAGACCUUGAUGAUGCGAUGAUCCAGUGUCAAAAAUGUCAUUUUGUAUUUUGCUUUGACUGCUUGCAUGCCUGGCAUGGUUACAACAAUAAGUGUGGCAAGAAGGUUUCCAUAUCAACUGAUAUUAUUGAGGAAUAUCUGAAUGACACCGAUACUUCAGAUGAGAGAAAGCGUGAACUGGAAGUAAAAUAUGGAAGAAGAGUGUUAGAACUUGAAGUUAAUGAUUACCUUGCUGACAAAAUGCUAGAUUUGGCCAUUGAAAAGGAGGGUUCCAAUUUACAGCGGUGUCCUAGGUGUAAGGUGGUCGUAGAAAGGAGUGAAGGUUGCAACAAAAUGAAAUGCGGAGUGUGUGACACAUUGUUUUGUUUUAUGUGUGGAGCCUUACUUUACCCUGAGGACCCUUACGAACAUUUUAGAGAAGCAUUUUCGGGUUGUUAUGGACGAUUAUUUGAAGGCAUGCCUGGCACAGAAACUUGA